AUGUGGUCUUGGUUUGGCGGCGCUGCCGCUCAGAAACGGAAGGAUGCCCCUAAGAACGCCAUCCUGCUGCUCCGGGAGCAGUUGGAUAUGUUGCAGAAACGAGAGAAGCAUUUGGAGAACCAGAUUGCGGAGCAGGAUGCUGCGGCGCGCAAGUUUGUCAACACAAAUAAGAACGCUGCCAAGGCUGCCCUUCGACGGAAAAAGGUGCACGAAAAGAACUGCGAGCAGACAACAGCGCAGAUCGUCCAGCUCGAGCAACAAAUUUACUCCAUCGAAGCGGCCAAUAUCAACCACGAGACCCUUCGGGCUAUGAAGCAGGCCGGUGCCGCUAUGUCGGAGAUUCACGGUGGAAUGAGCAUCGACAAAGUCGACGAGACAAUGGAGAUACUCCGAGAACAACACCAUCUCAGCGAGGAGAUCGGCGCGGCUAUUACCAGCGUCCCGCUGGGCGAGCAGCCCGACGAAGACGAACUGGAAGAGGAACUGGAGGGACUCGAGCAGGAGGCAAUGGACGAGCGCAUGCUCAACACUGGUCCCGUGCCGGUCAAUUCGCAGUUGGAUCGGUUACCAGAGGCAGGAAAGUCGGAGCUGGCCGGAAAGACGCCCGCAAAGUCCAUGGCAGAGGAAGACGACGAGGAAGCCGAACUGGCCAAGUUGCGCGCCGAAAUGGCCAUGUAA